GGCGCCUCCCCCCUGUCUCUCUCUGCUUUCGUCUUCCCCGCACUCCACUCACUGAGAGCGCAGCGAAGCGAAGAGAGCGCAACCAACCACUCGCCUCCCUUCUCUGCCGCCUUGCCGUUGCUGCCGGGGGCUGGACCGCGACAUGGAGAGCGGCCACAAGAGCGGAGGCGGAAGCGCGGCCGGAGGGGGAGCCGGAGGGGACGGGGUUCUGUGCCACGCCUGCGGGUACCAGUACCCGAACGGCCACCCCAGCGCCAAGCAGCGGCGCGCGCACCGCAAGCACUGCGGCAAGCCGUCGUCCGCCGCCGCCGGUGGCGGCGCGGAGGAGGAGGGCGCCGGGGAGCACGAAGGCAGCGAGCCGCUUCCAGGGGAGGGUCGCGGUGGAGUAGCAGAGGGAAUUGGAGCGGGCGCGGCGGAAUGCGGCGGCAGUUUGCCUGGAUCUGCGUCGGAGGCUGCCAGCGCAGUGGAGGGAGGGGACAAUGCAGAGCAUUCUUCUGGAAAUGGUACUGGCCAUCAAGUCAUCAGCUCUGAAGAUCGCCUCAUCAGCCGCAGUAAUAUUCCUUCUGAAAUCACUUCUGAGGCCAGCAAGACUAAUGAUGAUACUCUAACUACAGUGGCUACACAGUACUCUGGAAAAGGAUCACCUAUUGAGGAUGGGGAUUCAUCUGAUCCAACAGUUGGUUCUGUGCAGUUGGAGGACGUCCCCGUUUCUGUUCCUUCACCAGAACUUGAAGAUGGUGCAAAAUCCACUUCAGAAAUCUCUGAACAUGAAAUAAAGAACUCAACUGUUGUGCCUCUGGAAUCAAAUGCAACUGGAGGUGGAACUUCUGAACAGAUGGAUGUAGUCAGUCAAGAGGAUGGGAUUGCUGUGGCUGAGGAAGAUGAUAUGAUCAACACCAUUAGCAAAAAGAAAUCUAGUGAGGACAAAUCUGUUGAAGGGGAUGAGAUUGAUCUCUCCUGUCAAGAUAAUCUACAAACUGAGGUUGGUGAGGGGCACAGUAGCACUGCCGUGGAGAGAGAUUCAUCUGACAAGAAUCCUAAUGUGAUUCACAAUGAAGAAAUCCUGAGUGAUAAAACUGAAUCAAAUCAGCAAAGCAAGCAUGUGUUAACUGACUCAUCUGAAAAAAUUCGUAACAUUGAGGUGCCUGUUGAGGCUUCUGCUGAGAAAUCUGUUAGUUCAGAUGACGACUUGCUUAGACUUGGUACUGGUGGUUCCCACUCAGAGAUACGCAAUGAUGUCAAACCUCAGCAGCAACCUGACUCUACCUCUGAAACGGCAUGUCAUCUGGCAAUCUCUGAACAGGCAGAUAAUGUUCAUGAACAGCACUAUCCUAUUCCAGAGGGAAGCAUCCCAGUGAUAUCAAGUUCGUCUGGACCUGCUGUUGGCGGCAUAACUAACAUUACAGAGAAUGUUUGUUCAUCUGGCACGACAAUUGAUGACAGCAUGCAGAAAAAUGUGAUUGGUGGUACUGUAGUGGCAUCUCAAGUUGAUCUAGUGGAGCUUAGUGCUUCCGCCAUGGCACAUGAAAUCAACACGGUCAUUAGCACAAAUGAUGUUGAUGAAAAGUGGCAGAAUGAAAAAGGUGGUUCAGACUUUACUUCAUAUGGAGGUAAUGAGAUGCAUGUUGCAGAAAACUUUGAAGAAAAGCAUCAGAACAAAGAGGUCAUUGUAGAUUCCAUUCCUCAUGAAACCCAUACAGUUUCCAGUACUGAUAAUGAUGGGGAAAAUGAGCAGAACGAAGAAAUUACUGCAGACACCAGUUUUUGCGAGAUAAAUGUGGUACAAAGCAUGACUAGUGCUGAAGAAAACGAACACAUUGAAGAGUUCAUUACAAGUCUUGCUUCUGAAGAAAGCAGUGUGCCAUGUAACAGAGAUGUCGUUGAAGAAAAACAGAGUGAGAUUGAUGUAAAAACAAGUGGUGAGAUAGACAGUGCAUGCAGCACAGAAACUGCUGCAGAAAACAAUGCUACUACCUGUGAGAGCAAUGCAGGAACCACCACAGAUGAUGUUGAAGACAUAUUGCAGGAUGAAGAAAUCACUGCAAGCCCCAUCUCUCAUGAUAUCAACACUAUAUGCAGCAGUAAUGAGGAAAAGAUGCAUAAGGCAGACGUAAGUGAGGCCAUUGGUUGUCAUGAGAAUAUUGUGGUACACAGCGUAGAUAAUGUUGAAGAGGAGGCAGUUGAGGAGGCUACGGCAGAUGCUACCCCUCGCAAGUUUAGUUUGGUUACCUCUACUGACAGUGUUGAAGAGAAGAAGGAUGAACAAACAAGUGCAGGCCCUACUUUGCAUGAGAGGAGUGUGGUGCACAGCACAUAUAAUAUUGAUGAAAAGAAGAAUGAGCAGCCUAUUUUGGACCCUAUUACUGCUUCAGCCACCGUUAGCAGUAUAGGUGACGUUGAACAAAAGAUGCAUAGUGAAGAAACUACAGUAGAUCCUAGUACUGGUGAGAGCAGCAUGCUGCCAGGAACGGACGAUGCAGAAAACAAGAAGCAAAAUGGAGACAUGGCCGCCGCGGACCCUAUUACUGCUUCAGCCACCAUAAGCAGUAUAGGUGACGUUGAAGAAAAUAAGCAGAGUGAAGAAACUACAGUAGAUCCUAGUUCUGGUGAGAGCAGCAUGCUGCCAGGAACGGGCGAUGCAGAAAACAAGAAGCAAAAUGGAGACAUGGCCACGGCGGGCCCUGCUUCAGACAAGACAGAAGUGGCAGAGACCACAAAUGCUGUUGAAGAAAUAGGAAAAAUUGAAGAGACAGCCUCAAAGGAGAUCAGCACAAUAGAAAGCACGGAUGACCUGAAGGGAGUUGCUGAUCAGAACGAAGAGAUUGCCGACAAGGAAAUGGUCAUCGACUCAGACAAGAACCAUGUCUCGUUGAAGGUCCUCCUUGCCGACAAGAACAUGGAGACCAAAGAGGAGAAUAAGCCGAGCACCAAGGACAGAGUAUUAUCAUUUAGGCGCCGACCGAAAGACAGCGUAUCACCGGUGAAGCCGGGUUCGCCCAAGGCCACCGGCUCAGGGCAGCAAGACUGGAACUCUCCUGCUAGGUUGCCUGUCGAGAAGAAGCCCAAGGGAAGGAAACAGCAGUGGGUGCCAUUUAUUUGCUGCUCAUCGGUACAGUGAUUGUACUCCAAUUUGUUUGCUGAUCGUCAUCAGCGGACCAGGGCAUUCACCAAACUCGGUACAUUGCUGACCGUCCGUACGCUGAUAGUACUCGAUUUAAUAGCCACCCCAGGACCUUCGCUACAAGACAUGUUUGGACCUUGCUACUUGGAUUGCGAACUCGGUUUGCUGUUUGUAUGUCAUAAUCUAUGUAUGUUGCUGUAAAUUAAUUAGACAUGUCCAGAAUAGUCCUUCAGUUUGACCUGCCACUGUCGUGCAAAUUCGGAGGUGUUCAGACGAGCUUUUCCUCUCAAACAGUGCGAUUGUGCUUA